GUCUUCCUCAACUUGAAUUCUUGAUUCCUUCCUUAAACCUAUUCCGAUGGCCGGGAAAGGUACCAGAGUGAAGUCAGCAUACGUCGUCGUUUGGGUCCUCCUCUAUUUCCUCGUGUUCUACUAGCGUUACUUCUACGACGCCUCCGCUCCCGUCUUCGGCGUCGCUCCGUCGCGAAGGGCGGGGUUCAGGGCCGCACGUGAUCCCUUCAUCCGCCGCCGCCGCCGCGUCGUCCCUACUGGCGGUCUCUGUUUUGGUACCGGAAUGGCAGGUCUUUGUGAUGGCGGAAUCUUCUCCUCUGGCUGUGGAGGAGGACGAUCCUUAGGUGUGCCUAUUCGAGAACGGAGCCACGUCCCGGGCCGUUAAGCAGCCAGUUUUUACCGGAUCCUCGUCCCUGGUCAAUUUAACGUCAGAUGCCACUGAUUCGCAGCCGCCACUGAGGAUGAACUCAAAGAAAUCGUGGGAAGCCUCUUAGGUCAGGGAUUCGACAUCAGCCCCAUCUACGUCCACCGUUCAUGCUCUUGGAUGCUAUAUGCCGAUGUGGAUGAGAUCUUUUACUCCGAAUCCUGGAUUGACCAUGAAAUUUGGAGGCCCUUACAGUCUAUGUUGCGGGUAGAUGCUGACGUGGCACAACUGAGCUUCCCUUGUAUUGAGUUCGGCCCGUCAGGAAAGAAGGCACACCCUCCGGAGGGAGUGACCCAAGGCUACAAUUGUCGAUGGGAAAAUCGGCACAAAUCCGCAGUGCUUCUGGACGCCGUCAAUCGUUCCCUGCUCAACGUCAUCCACCACUUCAUUAUGAUGCCCAGGUACAGAACAGAGAAGCAGGAUAAUAUAGUCAUCAACCACUACAAGUACCAGGCCUGGCCUGAGUUUAGGGCAAAGUUCCGGUGGCGGGUCUCAGCUUAUGUCAUGGACUGGACCAAGCAGGUCAACCCGAACUCAAAUGACCGGGCUCCCGGUCUUAGGUACCGGGCAGUCGAGCCCCCUUACGUCAUGGACUGGACCAAGCAGGUGAACCCGAACUCAAAUGACCUGGCUCCCGGUCUUAGGUACCGGGCAGUCGAGCCCCCAGAUUGGCCCAAGAUGUUUUGCAAAGUUUACGACAACAGGUUGAAAUUGUUGGCCAGGAGAUGGUUCGGCAUUGAGUCUCCGGACGGUUUCAGGCUGGCUUGGCAGAGUUGAUGGUCCUGCCUGGUUAAUCUAUUCCUUCAUGUUCCCUGCAUCUGCUCUCAUUUGCCUCAGCUUCAUCUUGGGUUUUCUCUUGCCAAAGCCAAUCAAGAAUCAUCUUCUGCUUCAUUGAACACCAUACCAUCUUCAGGAAAGAAUAAGCUUAUUUGGAUGUAUCAGGGAGUCCCUUUUCCUCAUAAUGCAUUUCUCCCAAAUCUGUUUAUGUUGUGAUUGUGUGUUUUUAAAGCCCCCUUUCCCUUGAGCAUUUGCAUUGCUUAUUCAAAUUAUUCUUGCAUAUUAGUUGAAGUUUACUUGGCAUUAAUCUCUGCACCUUAGACAGUGUUUUGUGUGUCUAUGUGUGUGUGUGUUUGUGUACACUCACACUUCUGGAAGUAUGCGAAUCAUGAUAGUUGCUUUUAUCUGCAAUAUUCAAAAAUGUCUGCAUGAUUUACAUCAGUUUGUUAAUUUUUUUUCUUGGCCCAAAAUUUCGAAAAUUUAGCUUUGGUUUUUAACAAAAAUAGGCCAAUUUUUUAAUUUUUAGAGUUUUGUUCAACUGUUUGAUCAUACUAGCUGUCUAAUUUUUAAGUGUAAAAUCAAAGAGGGUGCUCCCCAUGUAUGUAUGUAUGUAUGUUGUAUGUAUGUAUGUAUGUAUGCUCCCUUCGUCCCACUAUCUUUGUCCACUUACCUUUUGGCACACCAUCCAAUGCACUUCUUUAAUCCAUUUUAUCUUGUAAUUUGUAUAUUAAAAAAUUAUACAAAUUAUAUAUUAAUAAUCUAUAUGUUAAGACGAAUAAGAGAAUUUGAUGAGUCAAAGUGUUUAGAUGAACAGUUCCAAAAGUCAAAACUAGACAAAGACAAUGGGACAGAGGUAGUAUAUA